CCUGUCGCGGAAAUAGUCCGCGAGAGCCUGCGCGAUGGAGAAGCGGGGCUGGGGUGGGAAACCGCCCUCGGCCGCGGCGCCUCAGCAGCCGCCGAUGAUGCCUCGGAAAGAGAGGAGGCCUAGCAUGUUCGAGAAGGAGGCAUAUGCACAGAUUUUAAAAGAAAGACUGAGAGAAUCAAUUCAUGAUGUUCAGUACGUAGAGCCACCAUUUGAUGACGCAAUUGCUGACAUAGGUAAAGAAUGGAAGAGUACCCUGGCCAAACUAAAGUUUGCUAAUUCAUAUAGAAUGGAGCCAUUGAAAAAAUUCCAGGCUUAUUCAGUAGAAGCGAAAGUCCAGCAGAUAUUAAAGGAAAAUCUUAAAGAUGUCAAAUAUGAUGAAAAAGUCUUCUCUCAUUUGUCGCUUGAAUUAGCAGAUCGCAUAUUGUUAGCAGUCAAAGAAUUUGGGUUCCACCGUUAUAAGUUCAUUAUAAAAGUAUUACUCAUUCAAAAGACGGGUCAGGCAAUCAAUACUGCCAGCAGAUGGAUCUGGGAUGUGGCGUGGGACAGCUGGGUUGCUGCGAAACACGAAACUGAAACUUACGUGGCAUUGGCCUUAGUAUUUGCUCUUUACUGUGAAUAGCUUGUUACAUGUACUAAAGAGUGUUUACUUCUCAACUUUUCAAAAAUACAUGAAAUUUAUAGAUUUGUGAACCUCAUAGUAGUUUUGAUUAGCUAUAUUUUUAUAUCUCCAAUUGAAGCUUCUUACUCGUAUUCUUUUAACAACAAAGUUAAAGCUGGAUUUCUACCUUUAUACUUACUAGUUAUCAUAUUUAUUAACAUUGUAUUACCCCGAAGUAUAAAAGUAUAAGAGGUAUAUGUAUAUGCCUUUUUCAUGUAUAUGUACGAAUACAUGAAUGCUUAUGAUGGAUUAUAAUAGGGGGGAAUUAUUUAUCAUCCUAGUUAGGUUUAAGAAAAUUAGAAUUUGCUACAGGAUAUUAUGAUGCAACCUUGUAAAAUGUCAAAUUAAGUAAAUGUUAAGAUAGAUUUUUGGAAAACUCCCAAAGGCAGAUAUUUUGAAUGGUAUCUUAAUAUACUACAAGCAUUCUUUUGAAAGAAGUCACCAAGUUUGAAAGAAAGAUAUUGAUAUAUUUAAUACUUCCCUAACACCUCUCCCUCCAAUCAAAACACUUCCAAGUGUGCAGUCUUUCUAUUUGCUAGUCCAUUAGUUAAGCUCUUUUUAGCUGCAAGAACCGAAAAACCUGACAUAAUUAUUUUUUAAAAAGAAGAAAAUUGUAUUUCUCAGGCAUUUGAUCAAGGAUCCGGGUUCUUUCUGUCAUCCUGCGCUCCCCUCAGAUUCUAUGUACACGAGUUUAACUUGGUAGAAUUAAACCAUGUUCUCAUGG